CAAAGAUAGAGUGAAAUCAUCCCCACAACCUGAUAGCUGAAAAUUGAGGGAGAUAUUUGCUACUGGUAUUUUGCUUGAAAUUUACCUGGCAUUAAUGACAGUGGUAUUUUUCUGGCUUAUGAAGGACACUAACUUCUUCUUGGAUAAGUUUGGUGUAAGGUCUCUGAGAUAUAGCCUUGCAAAAAUGUUGGCAGCCUUUUACCUACAAGUCAGUAUUAUUAGCCUGGCACUAAUUUUUGUCACUGGGUCUUGCAGUUGGUCCUAUGUUGAAAGACCUGAUCUUCUUUUACUGGGUUCUUCCAUGAUUGCUCAGCUGGUGGCAAAUACUCUUGCAGUAUAUGCUAACAGGAGAUUUGCAAGAAUCAAGUGAAUGGGAUGGGAUUGAACUGGUGUAAUCUGGCUC